UUCAUCGGAUGAUGAUGAUGAUAAUCAUUGUGAAGCGAAAAAAAUUGACGAUGAUGAUGAUGACGAUGACGUAGACGACGAAGAGGAAGAAGAAGAUAUGGAAAAUGAAAUUGAUAUCAAUGACGAUGAUGAUGAUAAUGAAGCUGAAGAAGAAGGUGAAGAAGGUGAAGAUGAAGAAGAAGAAGAUGUGGAAGACGAAGAUGAAGUGGACGAUGAUGAUGAUGAUGAUGAUGAACAAAAUGAAUUAAAUGAAGAUGAAUAUUUUGCAUGUAAUGUUUGUGGCCGUCUAUUUAAAACGGCACGUAAAAUGGCUAAACACCAAGUUUAUAGACGUCAUUUUGGUUGUUCAAUCUGUGAUACAGUAUUUUCAACAUUACCAUCAUUAGAAUUACAUAAACAGAACUCGGAUCAUUGGUCUGAUGUUGAUGACGAUGAUGAUGAUGAUGAACAAGAUGAAGAUGACGAUGAAGAGGAAGAGAAAGUAAAAGUGGAUGAUAAAAGAAACAACAGCAAUGAUAAUGUACGAAUUAUAAUGGAAAAAGAAUCAAUGAUUGAAAUGAAAGAAUUUCCGAGAACAACAACAACAAUGACAAAAAGUUUACGUUUACAAGAUAUGAUGACAAUUACCGGUUUAUUAUCACGUCCAACUAAUUGGAUUUCAUCAUCAUCAUCGAAUAAUAAUAAUAAUAAUAAUACGAACAACGGCCACAUUAAUAAAACAAGUCGUUCAUCACCGAUACGAUCCGCAUCAUCAUCGAUAUCGACAUCGACAUCCAUAAAUCAACAACAACAACAACAACAGCCAACAAUAUUUACAACAAGUUUAAGCAAUAAAUUAAUGGCAUCGGUAUUUAAUUUUUCCAUUACACGUUUACCUGGAAAAAGUGUUCUCAUGAAUGGUAGUGGUGGUACUGGUGGUGGACGUUGUGGUACAGCAGCAGCAUCAUCAUCAUCAUCAAAUUCAUCUCAUAAUUCUGAUUUUGUUUUCAACAUUGAAGAAUUACAACAAGGUCUUAUUUGA